CCUGCUGGACCCAAACGAUUGUCGUCCAUUUCCUGAAAGAUGAUAUACUCCUAAACUUCAUCCAAACACACCAGAUAGCGGAUGCUCGAACUCAAUAUCCACAAGUGGAAAUCAGUUGAUCAAGCUCAAGUGACAUACAAAUUGAUGUAGUUUCCGGCAAAAAACAGUUGAGUUUUCAUGGCCUCCCUGCCGCCAGUUGUGGUUGGCAACACCAGCAAGCUCAACCCUGAAGUCAAGAAGCUCCCCUCUCCUUCUGUUCCAUUUGAAAAGAAAAAUUAUAGCACGAAAGAGUCGGAUAGAGCUUUUGCAUCGUUAAGCUUGGAAUUCAGAGAAGCAUUUUCCUUGAUAGGAGGAGGUGACAGAAAAAUAGAAUCAUCGUCGUACGUUCCGCUUCUGCAAGAAUGUAUAGACACGAAUUCCGUUUCAGGAGUGGAAUCCAUCCAUGGCCACAUUGUGAAAGCUGGAUUUUGUCAAGAAUUGUUCCUCAUGACAUUUCUUGUAAAUACAUAUGCAAAAUGUGGGAUGAUGGAAAGUGCUCGAAGGUUGUUCGAUAGUUUGCCGAAAAGAAAUGUUGUCACGUGGACUUCUUUGAUGUCUGGCUAUGUUCACAAUUCAAGGCCUGAGUCUGCUAUCAGUGUUUUCAAGGAAAUGUUGGAUGUCGGAGGGUAUCCUACAAACUAUACUUUAGGAAUUGUCCUUAAUGCUUGUUCUUCUUUGUUUGAUAUCGAAUUAGGGAAGCAGAUUCAUGGUUACAUAGUAAAGUAUGAUAUCGAGUAUGAUGCCAGUAUAGGGAAUGCACUUUGUAGCUUAUACUCCAAAUGUCGUAGUCUGGAUAUGGCAAUUAAUGCGUUUCAGCGGAUUGAGGAAAAAAAUGUCAUUUCAUGGACGGCUGUUAUAUCUGCUUGUGGGGAAAAUGGAAAUUCUGCUAUGGGAUUGGAUGUGUUUGUUCAGAUGCUUGCUGAGGGUGUUCAGCCAAACGAGGUCACUUUGACUAGUGUAUUGAGUAUAUGUUGCACAAUGCAGGCCCUGGAUAUGGGAACUCAGGUCCAUUCGUUGAGUAUAAAAAUUGGAUGUGGGUCAGAUUUAGCCGUAACAAAUUCAAUUAUGUAUUUGUACUUGAAAAAUGGGUGUAUUAGUGAGGCAAAGAAGUUGUUUGAUGGAAUUACCACCAUCAGCUUAGUUACCUGGAACGCUAUGAUUGCAGGCCAUGCAGAAAUGACUAGCCUUGCGGAGGAUGGCCUUUCAGCCUACUUCUAUGGAAUUGAGGCACUUAAGAUUUUCCAGCGUUUGAAUAGAUCAGGCUUGAGACCUGAUUUGUAUACCUUUUCAAGUGUAUUAACUGUAUGUAGUAGUUUGGUGGCUUUGGAGCAGGGGGAACAAGUUCAUGCCCAGACAUUAAAAACCGGAUUUUUGUCUGAUGUGGUUGUUGGAACUGCCCUAGUUAACAUGUACAACAAAUGUGGAAGUAUUAACAGAGCAAGUAAAGCUUUUGUAGAGAUGUCUACAAGAACAUUGAUUUCAUGGACUUCCAUGAUCAAUGCAUUUGCACAGCACGGGCUUGCACAACAGGCGUUACAGCUUUUCGAGGACAUGAGAUUUGUUGGAGUUAGACCAAACAAAAUUACAUUUGUGGGUGUGCUCUCAGCUUGCAGUCAGGCAGGAAUGAUUGACCAGGCAUUAGCCUAUUAUGACAUGAUGAUAAAUGAGUACAAGAUCAACCCUGUUAUGGACCAUUAUGCAUGCCUGGUUGAUAUGUUUGUGAGAUUGGGACAGAUCUAUGAGGCUUUUGACUUUAUCAAGAAGACAGAUUUGGUUCCAAAUGAGUUUAUUUGGUCAAUCUUGAUUGCAGGCAGUAGAAGUCAAGGAAAAUUGGAGUUGGGCUUUUAUGCUGCCGAACAAUUGCUCGAACUUAAACCAAAAGAUUCUGAGACCUAUUUCUUACUGUUGAAUAUGUACCUCUCUGCAGGAAGAUGGAAGGAUGUCUCAAGGGUAAGAAAAAUGAUGAGAGAUGAGAAGGUUGAUAAAAUAACAGACUGGAGCUGGAUUAGCAUCCGAAACAAGGUUUAUACGUUCAAGCCCGGCAGCAAGAAAAAUCAAGCGAGUGAGGUAGCUAAAAUUCUGGAGGAUUUGCAUGAUAGAGCGAGGCGUCUUGGAUAUCAGGUAGAGACAAAUAUGGCGAUCGUAGAUGAGGAAAAGGAGGAAGCCACAGCCUUGCCUGCAGAUCACAGUGAAAAGUUGGCAGUAGCAUUUGGGUUACUUAACACAUCAAAUGAGGCACAGAUUCGGGUUAUUAAGAGUAUUAGCAUGUGUAGGGACUGCCAUAAUUUUAUAAAAGUCGUCUCAAUAUUGACUUCAAGAACUAUAAUCAUUAGGGAUAGUAAGAGACUGCACAAAUUUUUCAAUGGACAAUGUUCAUGUGGGGAUUUUGGUGGCCUUGUUUGAUAACUUUUCACUCAGUGAAAGAAGUUAUGAGUCUAUGACCGCAAUGGUCGUUUUUAGAACAACUGGUUGUGCAAAUAUAUCCAAAUGUUCCUUUUCCUUUUA